CGUUCCAAUGAAUACAACAAUAAGCAAUGGUACUAUACUGAGAAAUGAAACUCAAGAUGGCGGAGUACUUUACCAAUUCCAGUGUAACCCUUAUUUCUACCUGAACGGCUCGUCUGUCAUAUCUUGUUUGCGGGGACAGUGGAAUGGCUCUAGACCGAGCUGCUUGCCAGGAUGCCUUCCACUGAAAAACAUAAUUAGCGAUGGUACCGUACUGAGAAAUGAAACUCAAGAUGGCGAGAUUAUCUAUCGAUUCCAGUGUAACUCUGGUUUUAUCCUGAACGGCUCGUCUGUCAUAUCUUGUUUUCGGGGACAGAGGAAUGGCUCAACACCGAGCUGUCUGCCAGAUUGGUAGAUGACUCAUGCUGAGCCACGUAAUUAAGAGGGCAGAAAGAGGCUCAUAACAGUUAAAUGUAAGUAGGCAAUGUUAACGCUGUAUUAGACUGAUAAUUUAGCAAGAUGAUAUGGUGCAAUUUUUAGAACCUUCCCCAAAUGGGCAACUCACAUUUAGAGAACACUGAUGACCACUGAAAAAGGUUUCAUGGUUGUCUGACUUCCACUGAUCUCUCUGUAGUUAUACAAUUAAUGAGUUCACAAGCAACCUAUGCGCACUUCUUUUUGUUUCGUUUAAAUCGUUUAGUAGUUCCAUGCAUUGAAAUUCGUUUUGGAUUCAUGCUUUUUUGUAUUUAGCAAUCAGAAAAGAGUGAAAUUUUAAGUCCCAUGUUACCUAUGUUUUAUAAAUCAUUUGGGAUAUAUCAGUUUCAUCUGAUCUUUUAAUAGUCCUUGAGCGUGUUCAUGUAGUUUUUAUUUUAGGGGCAAUCUUUGGCCGUUUUAGGACAUGAUUAUCUAACAGUAAGCCGUAGCAUAGGAUGUGCUUAGUUUUUCUUCUGGCUUUACCUUCGCUGAGAUUUUUGUUUGGCUUUCGCAGUUAAAGAUUAAUUGUUUGAUUGGAAGUAUUAACUAAGCAUUGAGUAGAUUUUUUUCUCAUUCUUAAGGCUUUCGUGAAAGUUCAUGUCUGCACGGAUAAAUGAUGUGAUAACAAAUGUUAAUCUUCUAGGGUCACGGCCCGCGUACUCACUCUUGCCUUCCGAUACUGUAUAUAAAAGCGUACACUCGUACGUUUUUCAGUGAAAAGGGGGGACGAGAGUUCGCUGUAAAUCAAAGACAGCAGAAAUUGUCACAGUAGUUAUUGAGACAACUGAGGUAAUAAAGAAGACUGAAAAUGUCA